GGAGCAGGUUGGAGCCCUCAUAUCUCUCCUCUCUUUCCACCGUCUCUUUCGUACCGCAUUGCAACUCGUACCCGUACUGCUAUAAUACUGGAGUAUAUUACUUAGUCCUGCCGGGACUACACCUGAGCGUUCGUCCAUUAUGAGAUUCUUCUCGCAGUCUUUCUCGUAUGACGAACCCUGGUCUAUUGUCUCUUUGGCUUACUUCCUACGCUAUCCUAACCCCCAUGCCUCUCACAUCGUUUCCUGCGACGUCAUCUCGAGGGAGUUCACACCGUCUGGCUCCCUUGUUACCACUCGUUUGAUCCUGAAGAAAGGCUCGCUGCCUCGCUGGGCGCCUGAGGGUAUCAUACCUCGUUCUGAAGCAUGGGUCAUCGAGGAGAGCGAAGUCGAUCCUUACGGCCAGGUUCUGCGCUGCACGUCUAAGAACUUGGACCAUGUCAAGAUACUGUCCGCGCGCGAAUCAGUCAUCUUGAAGCCCAACCAGGACGGUAAAACCAUCCAGCGCACGGAUGUCAGCAUCGUCUCAGGAUUCGGCUGGGGUCUGACCCAGCGCAUCGAACAGUUUGGUCUGCAGAAAUUCAAGUCUAACCUCCAGAAGUCAAGAGAAGGCUUGAAGGCCAUAGUCGAGCUGACCCGGCAGUCACGCCAAGGGAUGACAAUGGGGCUCGCUGGUGGUGAUCAUGCUCAAGGCUCGUUUCGCGCCUCUGAAUCCCCGAAGGAGUACAGGGACCCGGCGGCUCCCCAGCCAUCCUCUGAGGCACCCCGCCAGGGGAUAGCAAACUCCGUCUGGAACCGAUUAUCGGCGUGGUCGCGACCUCGCUCUGCAUAGGACCGGACGGCCUUCGGGUCAUGAAACUUAAGUAUAAUACUGUACUGUACUAUAGGCUGUGGGAGUUAUGUGGUGUUUUAUCUUAUUCUUCCUUCGUGUGUUUUGUUCGGUCCUUCUCCCCACUAUCAUUGUAUCAUUAGCACCGCAAUCGCAAUUCUCGCUGUUCACCAGAUCUGGCAUGUCUUGUGCUGGGUACUGCAUGUCAUCUGAUUCUUAGUAGCACAGGCAAUAGUUAUUCUUGUCAAUGUGAUCAUCGCC